AAUAAGACUUUUGCGCUGGGUCUUGUACCCAAAAAAACAGUUCUAAAAAAAAGUCUAAUUAAGAAAUAGUGAUGCCAACGAAACUUCUCAUAUGCGGGAUAACUAUUCUAGCGUAAAAUUAUAUAUGCUAUUCUUAGCUUCAAUCUAUCAUGCGUGCGGGCUCCUCGCCUCACCGCCUCCUCUCCGCGUCGUCCGUUCCCCCUCCCGCCACCGCCGCCGCCGCCGCGUCGUCUCCUUCUCCUCUCGCUUUGGAGCUGAGCCUGGCGCGAACCCAGCCUGGCCCGCUCGAUAAGCAGAUAUAGUUAGAUUAUAAAAAAAAAAAAACUUUUUUUUUUGCUCCGGUGGUUUUUAGAGUUUAGGGUUUUUAGAGUUGAGUUUAGGGUUUGACGGUUGGAGGAGCAGUUCUCCUAUGCAAUCCGCCUUCCACCUCAACGUCCACUCUCAUCUCCACCAAUCCCCAUGGCACCAUCGCAAAACCCCAGGAUUUCGCUCCUCCAUCGAUCAAUCCAACUCCGUGAGGCCAAAUCUCUCCUUGCCUCCCAAAAAUCCAAUCUUUUCCAAACCUUCGAAGUUUUCUAGCCGCUUCAAGCUCGGAGAGAUCGAGGGAUGCGAAGGCCGGAGUCUGCUUCCUCUCCCCAUCGUCGUUCAUAGGUCCGGCAAGUCCUCUCGGUACCUCUGGGAGGGCGCCCACCUCCAGUUGGUAGGUUUCGAUCGAGAACCGGCCGAUGGAUUCAGGUCCGGCGAUGGAUUCCAGCGGCUGUUCCAGAUGUUGGGCGAGGCCAUCAGGAAUUUGUUCGUUCCGCGGCAAGUUCAGGACAAUUACAUGGGCUAUUUGAAGUGGAAGCUAGUGCAUCGUGUAUCGAGCUCUGCUCUCCAAGUUCUUGCCACACAGGCAAUGUUUCGGGCAAUAGGAAUUGGUUCCUCCCAUUCCCUUCCCUCUGCAGCUGCAUUAAAUUGGGUAUUGAAAGAUGGUCUUGGUCGGCUUAGCAGGUGUAUAUACACAGCUAGUGUUGGCUCUGCAUUUGAUACGAAUUUAAAGAGAGUUAGGUUCUCCACAUCUGCUUUAUUUAUCUUGAGCAUUGGAAUUGAGUUGUUGACACCUGCCUUCCCUCAGUAUUUCUUGCUUCUUGCUACAGUUGCCAACAUUGCUAAGUCUGUCAGUCUUGCAGCCCACCUAGCAACUGGUUCUGCCAUUCAUCGGAGCUUUGCAAUAACUGAUAAUCUCGGUGAAGUUGCUGCAAAGUCCCAGAUUCAAACUGUUUGUUUUGACAACCUGGGUCUUUUGUUUGCUGCACUGCUGAAUAUAUUAUGCAAGAUUAACCAAAGAUUUCAAGGAGGUCUACCACUUGUUUAUCCUAUUUUCGCAGCAGUUUACUUGUUUGCUAUGUUUCAAGGACUUAAGUUUGUACACCUACAAACACUAACCAAGGAUAGGUUAGAGAUAAUAAUAAACAUGUGGCUAUGUUCAGGAGUUGUCCCAUCUCCUGCAGAGGUUAGCAGCAAGGAAAGCAUGGAUAUCUUAAUGAAUAAAGUGAGAUUUGGUUCAGGAAGCAAGCCAUGGCCAAUCAGAAUAGGAUGCCUUGAUCCAAAGGAUUCGUCAUCCAUGGUGUCAAUUUUGACCAUACCAUCUUUGAGUCAUGAAGAUCUUUACUUUAUUUGCAUGGAGACAUCUCAGAAGGGUUUAAUGAGAAAACAACUGGGGAUCCUCCUCGCUUUACUGGAAACGGCAGCUUCCUCAGAUGUCAUUAUAGGCCUGCUACAGGCAUGCCUCAUCCGCAGGACAUUGCUAGCGAGAAGCAGCUCUAUUUGUAAUAGUAGCAGCACUGAAGACUCAAUGCUAGCAGAGUGGUUUAAAGUUGUAGAAGAUAGCAAGUUGCAUGCCAUUAGAGAGAGUACUCACUUGAUAGAAGAACUUCAAAGAGCUGGUUGGGUUGUGAAGAACAUUUUGUUGAAUUCCCAAGAGCAGAUACGAUAUAGCUUGGUAAGAGAGGAUGCAUAUACAAGAAUACACUGAUUGGAAACACGGCAUGCUACUUUUUUAUUUUCUUUUUUCAUUUAGAUUGAGUGCUCGCUGCUAUAAGUGAGGCCAGCACUUUCUACCAUUCAGCUGACUUUAGUCUGGAGUUGUGUUUUAUUUUUAUUUUUAUUUUUAUUUUUAUUUUUAUUUUUGAGGGAGAGAGAAUUGGAGCUUGGUAUUUUGACAUAAUACAGAACCGCCAUACGAGAGAAAAUCGAACAAGAUAUUAUAGGGUGAAACAUUACAAGUUGGAAAUGUUGGUUUUACAAGUUCUGUAACUUAUGUUGUAUGAUCUCUUCAGUUCAGUUCAUGAAAUCAAGCCUUGACAAAAGAAAUUAAUGUGGACAAAUUUGUUGCCACUAGUGGGGUUUGUGAACCGACCUAUAGAGAGUGUAAAGGAUGCCUUCAUAGUCUCAGUUUACUUCCUGUUUUUUCCUCU